GAGAGAGGGCCGAAGCCGAACUCUCUCACAACAUAAAAUUGCGUCACGUUGUUUUUACGGGGCCGCAACCACGCCGGAGGACGGGAAAGACAGUAUGGUGGUGGGCAGAGACGGUGCCGGUGGUGCCCAGAAGGUGCCCCGGCUCAUGGGCAACCCGGCCAACAUCCGCAACCUGUGCAUCAUGGCACACGUGGACCACGGCAAGACCUCGCUGGCUGACGCUCUUGUGGCCUCAAAUGGUCUGAUCAACCAGCGGCUGGCCGGGCGCAUCAGAUACAUGGACAGCCGCAAGGAAGAGAUAGAGCGUGGUAUCACCAUGAAGAGCUCCUGCGUAUCCUUGGCCUACAGCCGCUCAGACAAUGACUACCUCAUAAACCUCAUUGACUCCCCGGGCCAUGUGGAUUUCUCCUCUGAGGUGUCGACUGCAGUGCGGCUGUGCGAUGGUGCCAUUGUUGUGGUGGAUGUGGUGGAGGGUGUGUGUGCCCAGACCAAGGUGGUGCUGAGGCAGGCGUGGCUUGAGGAUAUUCGUCCUGUCUUGGUGCUCAACAAGAUAGACCGCCUCAUCCUGGAGACCAAACUGAGUCCCCUUGACUGCUACUAUCACAUUGCACAGGUUCUGGAGCAGGUCAAUGCUUACAUGGGUGAGCUGUACAACACAACACUGCUGGGAAAGAGUGCGGAGGAAAUGGAGAGACAGAAGCAGGUGGAUAGGGAGAGGCGGGUGUCUGAGAGGGAGCGGCGGGUGUCUGAAUCCAUGACGACGGAGACUCAGGUCAACUUUGCUGACUGGGGGAUAGAGACGGUUGAUGACUCUGACCUCUACUUCUCCCCGGAGCGAGGCAACGUGGUGAUGGCCAGCGCCUAUGAUGGCUGGGGCUUCAGCAUCCACCAUUUUGCCAGCCAGUUCUCCACCAAGCUGGGGAUGAACAAAGAGGUGCUGAACAAGACCUUGUGGGGCGACAACUACAUCACCACCAAGGCUGGGCAGAAGAGGAUCAUGAGUGGUGCAAGGGACAAGCGUAAGAGCCCUCUGUUUGUCACCCUCAUCCUGGAGAACCUGUACAAGGUCUACAACACAGUCAUGGUCCAGAAGGACAAGACAGAAAUAGAGAAGUUGUCUGAGGCUUUGGGAGUCAAGAUGCCGGUCGCCGUGUCCAAGUCAACAGACCUGCGACAGAAGCUCAACUGCCUGAUGAGUGGGUGGCUGCCCCUCGCCUCUGCGGUGUUGGAGAUGGUGGUAGAUCACCUCCCAACUGCCUCAAACAUCUCUGAGGAGCGUGCAGUGAAGCUCAUGUGUUCCGCGACCCACAGGUUUGACGCGCUGCCCCCACAGACCCAGGAGCUGAAGCAGGCAUUCAUCAACUGCAGCAGGAGUGAAUCGGCGCCUCUCAUUGUGUACGUGUCAAAGAUGUUUGGUGUUCAGAGGAAAAAUUUACCGGAAGAUCGAUCAGGACGGACAGGGUUCACAGGGGGUGGAGGUCAAGGACUGAUGACAGAUCAGGACCUGGCCGCUCGCAGGGAGGAGAUACGACGGAGGAAGGAGGAGGCCAGCAAUCAAGGAAAUAAUGACGCAGAACUUCAACUGUCUGAGGAGGAGGUGGCCGAGAUGAAGAGGAAGCACGAGGAACUUAUGCAGGAGAAGAGGAAAGCUGAGGAGGAGAAGCAGAAGUGGCUGGAGGAGGAGGUGUUUGUGGCCUUCGCUCGGGUGUUUAGCGGCACCUUAACAGUAGGGCAGAAGGUGUAUGUCCUGGGCCCCAAGCAUGACCCCAGCACCGUCCUGGGUCUGCUGAGUAACAACAAGGAGAUUCACGAAGAAGAGCUCACAAACUUCAAGCACAUCCACACCUGUGAGGUGUCGGGCCUGUACCUCAUGCUGGGGAGGGAACUGGAGAGCCUGGAGUGUGCGGCGGCGGGCACGGUGGUGGGCAUCACAGGGCUGGAGGACUGCGUCAUCAAGAGUGCCACCCUGUCCUCCACCCCAGCCAUGCCGGCCUUCACUGAGCUCACUCUGGGAGCCACACCCAUCCUCAGGGUGGCGGUGGAGCCCCAUGAUCCCCGGGACUUGCCUAAGCUGCGUGCUGGCCUCAGGCUGCUUAACCAGGCUGAUCCUUGUGUCCAGGUGGCUCUACAAAGCACCGGCGAGUAUGUGAUUGUGACGGCCGGGGAGAUCCACCUCCAGCGCUGCCUUGAUGACCUUCAGGAGAGGUACGCCGGCGUGCCCAUCCGGAGCUCCGACCCCAUAGUGCCCUUCAGGGAGACUAUCAUUCCUCGGCCCACCGUGGACAGGCUCAACGAGGCCAUUGAGGGCGAGAAUGUCAACACCAGGAAGACAGACAACAGUGACCCUAUGGGAGUGGUAGAGGUAAAUGGCCGGCUUGGGAGACUAAGGGUCCGAGCAGUGCCCCUGCCAGGCCCUGUCACCCAGGUCCUGCAGGAGCAUGAGGAGGUGCUGAGGCUGGUGUCCCUGGCAGGAGGGGUCAAGACAGCAGACACCUCAGACCUGCAGGACCUCUCCUCCUCCAGGAUGGACGGAGAGAAGGCAGAGGCCCUCCAUUUGCAGGAACUUGUCACUGCCUUGGAGGACAGGGAGAAGCUGAACCGGGAAGCUGUGGUAGCCAUAGCCAAGCUGAAGGCCCUCCUUGGCAAGGCAUUCAAGGAGGCUGGAGAUGAGUGGAAAAAUGCCAUUAACGAAAUUUGGAGUUUUGGUCCUGGAGGAUGUGGCCCCAACAUCCUGCUGAACCGCAUCCCAACAUACCCAAGACACUCAGUUUGGGAAAAGUCCACAACUCUGGACACUCCACUGGCCCUUUACGACACAAGCUUUGUCACAGGGUUCCAGAUGGCCACCAAGGCGGGGCCGCUGUGUGAGGAGCCCUUGAUGGGGGUGUGCUUUGUGGUGGAGGACUGGAGUCUGGCCCCCAGCACCAACACAGAUCCUGGUGAAGAACAAGCCAGGGUGCAAAAUAUUUCCUCGGGGCAGGUCAUCUCCCUCUCCAAGGACACACUCAGAAAGGCCUUUGAGCAGCAGUGCCAGCGCCUGAUGUGUGCCAUGUACUCGUGUGUCAUCAGCGUCACCUCCGAGGUGGUGGGCAAGAUGUACAGCGUCAUUGGUAAGAGGCAGGGCCGGGUGGUGGACGGGGACAUCACUGAGGGCUCCACCUCCUGGAAUGUCACCGCCUACCUCCCUGUGGUGGAGAGCAUGAACUUUGCCAACGAACUGAGAAAGUCUACGUCAGGAGAGGCCAUGCCCCAGCUGGUGUUCUCACAUUGGGAGGUGCUGGACAUUGAUCCCUUCUGGGAGCCACAGACCACUGAGGAGCUCAUGCACUGGGGGGAGAAGUCCGACAGUGCCAACAUCGCACGGAAAUAUAUCAACGCGGUGAGGAAGAGGAAAGGUCUUGCCAUUGAUGAAAAGAUUGUGGAGUUUGCAGAGAAGCAGAGAACUUUAUCCAAAAAUAAAUAGUGAAUUCAGUUGCACCAAAUUUAUGGGAUCAUGUGAUAAUGUUGUCGGUUCCUGAAUGGUUGAUUAUACGUGAUAAAAAAUAAAGUAUAUUUGUUACAUAUAACCUUUGCAAAUGCCUCCACUGAGAAUGUCAAGUAAGGACAUUAGUCUGUAAUAGUUGGACAAGUGAAUGGCUUACUAUUAUCAUCUCUUCAGAGCUCCCUCAAGGUGCACUUUGUCACUUGCAGAAUUUAAUGAGAUCAUUAUUCUAUCACUCAUCCUGUAACAUAAUUCAUAGUACUACUUUAAUAUUAAAAGGUAAAUGCUGAGUUCCU